AUGCCGAAGAUCUUCCUGAUCAAGAACCGGCUCCACCAGCAGCAGCUUCGGUUGGUGGAGGAGGCGCAGAAGAACAGCCAUGAUGGCGGUUCGGUUGAUGAUACCAACAUCGUGGAUGGGGCGGUUGGUGCGUGUGAGGGCAGUGAGGUUGGAACGAGUGAGCCCUUGUCCCUGGUGUCCCGGAAACGUGAACAUGACGAUGCGGCCGAGCGUGAUAUCUUCAGUGAGGAAAACCGCCUCAGCCCACCCUGCCGGAAGCGAGCAACAUCACCCUCAAUUCCGAUAUUCGCCUCAUCAGGCUCAGCGACAGACUCAACCACCGGUUGCGAUCCAACAACAGCCACCGGUUCAACCCACGAUGGCACCAGCAACAGUCGAGCAGCUUCAGCAUUCAGCAACAGUCUGGCGGCGUAUCACCACCGAAGCAACGCGCUCUGCCUCCGCAACAGCGGCACCCCUGCCAAAGAAUCGUCAACCUCGCCGCUGACCGCCUCCGUCGGUCACCAGCGGCAUCACAUCCUGGGAGGUCCUGGUCGUCGACCAGCCCUACCACACUGCCCGAAAGACGACGAGGCAGAUAGCAGCAGUAGUAGCAGUGAUGAAGCAGUACCAGCCGAUCUAGCAGGAUGUUCUCGACGACCACCGUUCGUAAGCCGCCCAGUAGGCACGUUUCUGGAUGGCCGGAAGUCGCGACCACCGACUCGCUCGGCAUCACCACCACCACCACCACCACCAUUACCCGUGCAUGUGACAAACGUGGUGAAGCAACCAUUAUCCUGCGACCAGCGAAAGGAUCCUUCGGCGGUGAAGUUCGACAAACGACGCCCUUCAACGUCGGCGAUUGUUGCAAGUCCUUGCCGGCGGGUUACCGAAGGUCCUUCCCCGUAUGUUGGGGCCCGUGGGCACGUCCUCACCAACGCCGAACGUAAGGUGUACCCACCUACGCCUCCUCCGCUACCUCCGGCACCGGAGGUAGCCUCGAGAAGCAGCACGCAGGACGACGAACGGUCGAAGGACGAGCCGGCACGUGGCUCGGACCUUCGCAAGGAGCAGCAAACACCGCCAGGUCCGGUGAGUGAAGCGGUCAUCCGUGAGGAACCGCAGGUGCCGGGAAGUGAGCAGCACCGCCGAUUGCGACUCCCCUCACCAAGCCCACCACCGGCGAAGGAUCGUAUCCCUUCACCGAUGGUACCAUUUGGAGCCGCCGUCCGUUGUUCCGUCAUCCAGCGAACACCGGUGGUGCGUAAACCUGCACCAGAGGAUGCGUCGUCGACGCAUCAACCAGCACAACAGCAUCAACAUCUGGAUGCGAACCCGCGUGCGGUCGAUCUGAAGGUACGCCCAGUCGUAGUGCUGGCUGUAGAACCUGAGCAGGAACAACCGAUUGACUAUCACAUCCCGAAACGUCCGGCGGCAGCGACGGCGAAUGGUGAGGAUCAGGAGCUAGAAGACCGCAUGGUAUGCAUGCGACGAGAGGCCCGACAGAUGCAACAGCAAGCAGCGCUCCUCCGCAACCAACUGCAGCCGUUCCGCGCAGGAUCAACGGUGGCAGCACGGGCGGCAGCGGCGGCCGCUGUCAUCAGCGGUAUCAUGCAAGGAGCCGCAGGACAUGGGCGCUCUUCGAACAAUGGUGGAAGUGGCCAGUCCAACGGUGGUGGAGGUGGCGGUAAUGGUGGAGGUGGUGCCUCCAACAACGGUGGCGGUGGUACAGGUGGUGGUGGAGGCGGUGGUGGCAUCGGAUUCUCCUCGGGAGGCGGUGGUGGAGGCGCACUGGGUGCAGGAGGUGCCGGCGGUGGUAUGGGAGGAAGAGACGGACGCUCCAACUACGGACCCAACAGCCCACCAACGGGUUCGCUGCCACCGUUCUACGAGAGCCUGAAAGGAGGCGGCGCUAGUGGUGGUUUGAAUGGAUACAACGCGAAUGGUGGCUUUCUGACGAACAGUGCCAGCUAUCAGCAGUUGUUGAGCUCGCUUGAGUGUGAUGCGGUCGCGCAGGAUCUGGCAGGUGCCGGUGGAGGUGGUGCAGGUGGUCCAGGAACCGGACUGGGUAGUGGCGUUAUCCUUGGGCUCGGUUCCGGCUUCACGUAUGGCAGUGCAACGGAUGGAGGUGGUGGUGGUGGAGGAGGAACCACGGCAGGCCAGGGCAACGGGACAUCGGCGGCGGCAGUAGCGGCAGCGGUCAUGGGCAAACACUGCACACUCACGAUGUUACACAACCACUUCGGGCUGGCUCUUAAGGACGAGGUGGAUCUCGGCUAUGAUGCGAAGGUUGUCGACCCUACACUGCAUGGGUUGUACGCGAGCGCUACUGUGGAUGGUGGAGGUGCUGGAGGUGGUGGCACAGGAUCUGCAGGAUACGACGUUGCAGACUCGAUGAUGGACAUGGGAGACUCCAUGCAGUUGACAGCUACACUCACGACGUACCCAUCCUCGGCAGGUGCAAGCCCUAAUGGACUAUUGGACGGGUGUCUGAGUGAUGCCGAAUUUUCGCUCUAUUCACGCGGUAUGCAUGAUGAACAGUCGAGUAACUGCAAUGACCUUGAGCUCACCUCUACGCCAUCGCUCACACCCGACUCGGUCAGUGCGUCCCUGCACCAGAUCGACACCGUGCAUGACGCGCUCGGUGACGCCUACCCAACCUCUGGUGGAACAUCCGACCAGCAACAGGGUACACCUGCAGGUGGAGGAGCAGGUGGUCCUCACGCACACCUAGUGCUACCGCGCGAGUACACCAACAUGGCGGUGGCAGCUGCGGCCAGCUUCGUAGGCACGCAACAUGGCGGACUUGGCGGCUACCACGGAAAGUAUCACAGUACGUCGGCAGCCCAAGAUGGUGGACAACCUGCCAGCUAUCUGUCAAACGGUGGCAAUGGCAGCUCACCGUAUGGCUCCUUCCAACCGCUGCUGCGCUACGACCAACUAGAUGCGCACAGCAAUCUCUCACUGCCGUCACCUGGCGGUGGCUCCUCGCUUGACUUCGACCUGCACCAGACUUUGCAACCACUGCAGGGCCCGUUCGCCAUGAAUCUGCAGCUCGCUAGCGCCGGCCCGGCCGCUCACCUGCAGCAACACCAGCAGCAGCAACAGCAGCAACAGCAACACCAGCAACACCAGCAGUUGACAUCGCACCAGCGCUCGAGUGGUGGUGUGCGAUCGCCAGGUGGCAACUCCACCUCAUCCGUAUCCUCAAGCGCGUCCUCGGCUGCUGCUGGGGCUGCUCUUGGUACCCAUAACGUACCGGUUGCAGGACCUCCACCGGCGGUACUUGCGACCACCAUCCAGAAUCAAUUGGGACUCCCAGCUGACUCAGAACUGCAGUUUGUGAAUGGAGGACACGGUAUCAAAAAUCCACUGGCCAUUGAGAACGUACCGCUGCGGAUGCGCUCGGAGGAUCGUCACAGUGGUAAGCAAAUUUCAGCGACAACUAGCGGCAAAUCACGCAACCACCACCAGCAACAACAGCAACAGCAGCAUAACCACCACCAGCAACACCUUCAUCAACUGCAACCGCAACAUCCGGCACAGCAGCAGUUACAGCAGCAGCAGCAGCAGCAGCAACAACAACAGCAACACCAUCAUCUCCAGCCGCAACUCCACAUCGAGGGUGCGUCCUCGGGCUCGUCCCCAUCCGUCUCGUCGUCCACCUCGUCGUCCGCUUCCUCACCGAACAGCUGUGGCUCGCCAGGUGGCGGCAAUGGGGCCAGUAGUGGCACUGCCGGUGGAUCAACAGCCGAGGAUGACCAGAACCGCUUCGUUUGUCGUAUCUGCUCGAAAACGUUCAGCCUGCAGCGGCUGCUGAACCGUCACAUGAAGUGCCACUCGGACGUCAAGCGUUACCUCUGCACGUUCUGCGCCAAGGGCUUCAAUGACACGUUUGAUCUGAAGCGGCACACGCGUACUCACACCGGCGUGCGACCGUAUAAGUGCAACCUGUGCGAGAAGUCGUUCACGCAGCGCUGUUCGCUUGAGUCGCAUUGUCUCAAGGUGCACGGUGUUCAGCAUCAGUACGCGUAUAAGGAACGGCGGACGAAGAUGUACGUCUGCGAGGAGUGCGGCCACACGACGAAUGAACCAGAGGUACACUACAUGCACCUGAAGGAGAAGCACCCAUACUCGCCUGCCCUGCUGAAGUUCUACGACAAGCGACACUUCAAGUUCAACAAUGCAGCGUUUGCGAACAAUCUGCUUGGCUCACUGCCGAUGCCAGUGCAUAACUGA